AUGUCCUCUGUCUCGUCAUCACAGCUCUCUUCACUACCGACAUAUGCAUCCGUAACGACAUCGCGUCUCAAGUCGCUCUAUUCCGACUUCACGUAUCAAAAGCAAUCAAAUCCAACUUCUUAUGCAUCCAACGUCGAAUGGUGGCGUCACACACUAGAAGCGGCGCUGCUUCGAGGCUGGCUUUCGCAAUCACAUAAUGCCAACAACACCGGAGCCUCGUCUGACAGACUCGUCUUGCACGCGUACGGCGUUGCGUUUGCUGACAAGUUUCGUGUGGAGGGUGUGGGCAAGCCACUGAGUAUACCGACUGUGAUAUUUGAGCUCUGCAACUCCAAAGCCUUGAUUCCACUGUCUGACUUUCUCAGUGCGUCGCGCUCAAUAUACGACCCGGGCUGGCUCCCAUACCGCAUCGCCAGCUUCGUGGUUGGCAAGCCGCUCUGGUGGGGCCUCGGGCAGCUUGGGAUCGUGGACAACCAUGGGGCGGCGUUUGGGGACUCAGGCACUGCGGAGCGAUGGAAGAAAGUCCGUGGAGACUACGUGUCGGUCGGACUGCUUGAGGGUGCAGCGGAGCGAAUAUUGGAGAGGCAGCGGCUGAAGAGCUCGGGCCAGCUCGCGGACCAGCUGUAUAAUAUGGACAGCUUCCGAGAGGAGUUCUCUUUGGUGGCGCUCGAGGACGCGCCUUUGUCGGCACUGGAUACGAAGGUUCUACUCAAAUUCUUGGAACGCGAUAAGGGCGCAGUCGUCGUGCGUGGGGAGGUGAUCAAGUUUGUGGAUGAAGGCACCGCGCAGACCGCUGAAGUCACUGCUGUGGAUAGUGGCCUCCUCGCGCUGAAGACUUCGGUGCAUAAGUUGCACGCGCAGAUUGAUAGCAUACAACAUCGCAUAGACGAUACGACACGACAGAUAUCAGAUGCGCUGCGUCAGAAGCGAAAGGAGAUCGCUAUGACGCGCUUACGCGUUCGGAAGCAACUCGAGGACGUUCUGAAGAAGCGUCUCAGCUCGCUCGAACUACUGCAGUCUACUCUUCUUCGUGUCGAAACGUCUGCUGGGGAUAUCGAGAUUAUGAAGUCGUACGAGUCCUCUACUGCCACACUCCGCGAGAUCCUCGCACACCCCCUCCUCCAGCGGGAGAAGAUCGACGAGACAAUGGACGCUAUGGCGGCUGCGAACGCCGACGCGCGCGAGGUGGACGAUGCUAUCCAGCUCGGCGCGAACAUGGCGCAUGCGGGGGCUGGCAUGGACGACUCCGAGCUCGAGGCCGAGCUUGCUGCCCUCGUCCAAGAGGUCGAGACUGAGAAAGAGCAGGCUCAGCGCGGCCGUCUGGAAGCGGAGAAGCUCCGUACGCCGGCGCAUACACCCGUCUCGGAGGAUCCUACCAAAGAGUCGGCAGCAGCUCCGGCAGAGAAGGUCCCUAUCGCAUCGUGAAUGGAUCGGUGGAUGGGUGCCGGUCCAUCUCCCUACAUGUCGCGUUCUUACUUUCACACGAAUGUCUGCACGCACGCACACACGCAUUGGACUGGUUAUGUUGCGCCUGGCAAGUCAUUGAUACGUAUGCUACAUCUGUGAUGGAUACAUCUGUGAAAUGCAGUCCAGCUUUCAUGCUACAAACGCGUAGUCCGUGUACAAUAGUCCGUGUAUUCGAACGAGUCCGCCAGUGGUCCCG